ACUAAAUCCAAUGCUGUGCUGGCUACUAUGAAGAAAAUUAAUGCAGUCCUAGACAGAAUCAGGACAGCAGCUGAUUGCUUCCUCCCCCACCUUGCUUCUGACAACUCAGCACACGUGGAACUCAAUACAUCACAGACCUUGGAAUGUUGGUGGUUCCAGUUGUCUCCAGAGCCAAGAUACAGAGCUAUGUGGUUCUCCUCUCCCUCCUGAACAUCCUAGUGUUCUAAACAGAGGGACUUUGGUUGCAACAAGCGUUGCUGAGGCUGCAGAAGGUGGCACACUGCUUGUCAAUGUCAACAGCCCGCAUGGCCUGAACUCCUGGAGGACAGUUUGGAUUCUCCUGCUUGCUGCAGCCCAGAGCAUCCUGAAAAAAUGUCACAGCCAGUUCACAUCUUUGGGCUAAUGAUGAUGGCCUACCCAGAUUCUCAAGGCUUGCAAGGUGAUGAUGACGAUGAUGGUGAUGAUGAUGACGGUGAAGAAUCGAGGAACUCCUGCCACUCUGUGCUUCCUCCACCCUUGCACAAGAGCAGUGACAGCACAGAUUACAAUCAGACAGAGGAUCUGGGAGAGCCCACCCUAUUUUCUGUAACUUCUGGACACUCUUCCACGGUGAAAGAUAAACAAGUGAGGUUGGCCAGGUAUGACCUGGAGCUUGAGGAGGAAGAUCAGGAGUUCCAGAAGCCAUUUUACAAAGACAUGGCAAUGCCUGACAGCUUGGCUGGAGAUGAAGAGGCCAGCCCAACCUAUCAACUUCCUGGGCAUCAGAGGUUGCCUGCUCUCCAAAAGGCCAGUACAGCACCAAGUGGCUUUCCUGACUCUUUGCAGCACGGCUCAGACCAGCACUUGGGGACAGAGGCCACUGCCACACAGGCCCAUGCCAGUGACCAUUAUGUGGGACACCCAGAGAGCUCCAUGGGAGUGGAGCUCCACGUGCUGCAUGAGGAGAACGGAGAGCUCAGGGAGUCCCCAUCCCUGCAGCCGACCUACGACUCGCUCUGGCAGGAGAACAGCAUCCUCAGGUCAGAGAAUGAAACGCUCAGGAAUGUAAACCUCAUGCUCACGUCUGAGAACUUUGCACUCAAGCAGUCUCUCAAAGAGCUCAGGAAGAGCUGUGCUGAGUUCAUGAAGGAAGACAUCAUGCCCAGGGAGGAAUACGCCGUGCUCAGGGAACGGUACAACAGGCUCAAGGGCGAGAAUGCUGCACUCAGGGAGGACAACAACAUGUUCAGGAGAAUGGUUAACACCUUCCAGAACAAUUUGAAGAGACAGGCAUGCAUGGUGGCAAGCCUGCAGGAUCAGCUGAAGACUAGCCAGGUUGAAAGAGAGAGAGAAGCCCGAGAGGUCCAGUCCCUAGUCCAGCAGACUGGGCGUCAGCUUCAGCUAAUGACCCAGCGGGCUCUGGAUGCUGAAACAAAUGUGGAGAGGCUGAAGCAGAAGAUCUUCAUUCUCCAAGGACAGCUGGAGAGAUGCAAGCUGGAGAAUGAAAACGGAGAACAGACUGGCCUGGAAGCAGUGAAGCACAAUUUAGACUUCACCAGGCAAAACCCCCACGAGCUCAUAAUGGGCAAAGAUGGCUCCCUCAGGCAGCUCCUCCCUCAGGAAUGCUGCCCGUUGUUGCUGAGGUCCUUGAAUCUACCAGAAAAAUUCUCAAAUUUUAAGCAAAGAAUGGUCUAUGAAUGCAUUUCUGUGUGA